CACACCUCAAAAACCCCACCUCUCAUUAACACCCAAAUUCAAGGAUCUCUCUCUUCUCUCUUGUCCCUAAGUCCCAUUUCUUUCUCUCUUUCCAUUCUUCCUCCUCUCUUCUCAUUUCACCCAGGCGGGGGUCUUCUCUCAUUGGAGGACAGCAUGUCGAAUUCAGCAUCUGGAAUGGCGGUGAAUGAUGAGUGUAAGCUGAAGUUCUUGGAAUUAAAAGCAAAGAGGAACUAUCGUUUUAUUGUCUUCAAGAUUGAGGAGAAAAUCCAACAGGUGAUGGUGGAGAAGCUUGGCGAGCCAGACGAGAGCUAUGAGGAUUUCUCCGCCAGCUUGCCUGCUGAUGAGUGCCGCUACGCCGUCUAUGAUUUUGAUUUCACUACCGAUGAGAACUGCCAGAAAAGCAAGAUUUUCUUCAUUGCAUGGUCUCCUGAUACGUCGAGGGUAAGGAGUAAGAUGCUCUAUGCUAGCUCCAAGGAUAGAUUCAAGAGAGAAUUGGAUGGCAUUCAAGUGGAGUUGCAGGCUACAGAUCCGAGUGAGAUGAGCAUGGACAUCAUAAAAGGGCGAGCCCUCUAAAUAUACCAUCUUCGAUCUGUCUCCUUCAACAAACCGCAUCUCCUUGUUACUUGUUUCAUUUUGUGGGCAUCUCUUUUUAAUUCUUUUGCCUUGUUUUUGCAAAUGAAUUUUGUGUGGGUUUAGAGUUUAUAGCCAUUGAUGGGACUAUGCACUUCUGUUUUGUUUUUGUUUUUGUUUUUUGAAGAUAACUUGUAUAUCUUCUUAUAUCAACGAGACAAGAUGGUGGGUUUUGUA